AAUGUUAUCUUUGUAAUGACGUAACUUGUAAACAUACAACACGACCACGAGGAAGUUGGCUGUUAGGUAUUUUAAAAUAAUCAAAAAUAAAAAUGGAUGAGAAAAUAAGUGCUCAUCAGCUGCAAAUACGAUUUUUCACCAAACAGCCUAAGUAUGCUGUGCCCAGUACAACAUUUGCAGUGCCCUCAACCCUUGCUUCCCAAGAGCUGAGUUCUAUGAUCAAUGAAAUCCUCAAAGGAGCGGAGGCGGGCGAUGGGGAGAGGAAGGAGGUGGUGUUCGACUUCCUCGUCCACGACGUGGUGCUGAGGACGCAGUUGCUGGAGCACGUGCAGGAGCACGGCCUGUCGACGGAGACCGUCCUGGACGUGGAGUACGUGGAGCACACGCCCCCCCCGGAGCCUCUGGACUGCCUGCUGCACGACGACUGGGUGUCUGCGGUGCACGUGCGGGGUCGCUGGAUCUUGUGUGGCUGUUACGACAACACCAUCCACAUCUGGACCACAAAGGGAAAACACAUCCUCACCAUCCCAGGUCACUCCGGCCCAGUCAAAGCUGUUUCAUGGAUUUCACUCAACGAGAAUAUUGGAACAUUUGUCAGCGCGUCGCACGACCAGACGGCCAUGCUGUGGGAGUGGAACGUGCGCAGCAACGAGGUGGAGUGUGUGCACGUGUGCCGCGGCCACGAGCGAGGGCUCGAGUGCGUGGGGGUCAACUCCAGCGCCGCCCUCCUGGCCACGGGUGGCUGGGACACCAUGCUCAAGAUAUGGCCCGCAGAAAUGAGGCUUCCAGAGUCUGCCGAAGGAGAGUCAUCGUCUAAAAGAUUGAAGACAGACCACGGGAAGUUCCAAGUUAGGACGCCGGUGAUGACCCUCGCCGGCCACAAGGAGGCGGUGUCUGCGGUGGCCUGGACGGGCGUGGGGGAGCUGUGCACCGCCUCCUGGGACCACACGCUCCGGCUGUGGGACGCGGAGACCGGCGGUCUCAAGGCCGACGUGGUCGGCAACAAGCCCUUCUUCGACGCCGCCUGGUCGCCCCUCUCCAACCUGCUGGCCUCCGCCUCCGCGGACCGCCACGUCCGGAUCUACGACCCCAGGUCUACAGAAGGGUCCCUGGUGAAGCUGACCUGCACCUCGCACACGCAGUGGGUACAGUCCGUGCGGUGGUCGGCGACCCACCAGCACCACUUCAUCUCUGGGGCGUAUGACCACAAGGUCAAGUUCUGGGACACUCGCAGCCCUAAAGCUGCAUUAUAUGACCUCAGUGGACAUGAAGACAAAGUGUUGUGCUGUGAUUGGUCAGAGCCUGACUUUAUGGUGUCAGGUGGAGCUGAUAAUACUGUAAGAAUUUUUAGAGCUACACAUGCUAUUGCUAAAUGAAAUUUAUUUAUUCCUAAUCAGCAAUAAAAAAAAUUCAAAACUUGCA